CCGGUCUGCCCGGCUCGCCGGCCCCGGGCGCGGGGGAGCGGCGGAGCCCUCAGCCCGCCGGGUGCAUGGACAGGAGCUCCCUGCUGCAGCUCAUCCAGGAGCAGCUGGACCCCGAAAACACCGGCUUCAUCGGCGUGGAGACGUUCGCCAGCCUGGUGCACAGCCAUGAGCUGCCCCUGGACCCCGCCAAGCUCGACAUGCUGGUGGCCCUGGCACAGGGCAACGACGAGGGCCAGGUCUGCUACCAGGAGCUGGUAGACCUGAUCAGCAGCAAGCGCUCCAGCAGCUUCAAGCGCGCCAUCGCCAACGGGCAGCGGGCGCUGCCCCGCGACGUCCUGCUGGACGAGACCGGCCUCGGCAUCUACAAACGCUUCGUCCGCUACGUGGCCUACGAGAUCCUGCCCUGCGAGAUGGACCGGCGCUGGUACUUCUACCAGCACCGCACCUGCCCGCCCCCCGUGUUCAUGGCAGCCGUGACCCUCACCCAGAUCAUCGUGUUCCUGUGCUACGGGGCCCGGCUGAACAAGUGGGUGCUGCAGACCUACCACCCCGAGUACAUGAAGAGCCCCCUGGUCUAUCACCCCGGGCACCGGGCACGCGCCUGGCGCUUCCUCACCUACAUGUUCAUGCACGUGGGGCUGGAGCAGCUGGGAUUCAAUGCCCUCCUGCAGCUGAUGAUCGGGGUGCCCCUGGAGAUGGUGCACGGCAUCCUGCGCAUCAGCUUCCUCUACCUGGCCGGGGUCCUGGCAGGCUCCCUCACCGUCUCCAUCACGGACAUGAGGGCCCCCCUGGUGGGGGGCUCAGGGGGGGUCUACGCCCUCUGCUCUGCUCACCUCGCCAACGUUGUCAUGGGUGGGGGCCGCCUCGUUGCCCCCCAGGACCUGCACUUUCACAAGAAGGACUGGUGCCAAAAGAGGAGCGAUUUAUUUUUCUAUGCCAAAAUAAAUAUAAAUAAAAGAAAGAGGAAUUUAACAAAAAGAAGGAUAUGGGGAGAGCCCGGCAGGAACCAGCUGAGACCGGCACAACUCAUUUUGGCAGUGCCCUCGGCGGCACAGCCCCCUCCCCGCGCCCCGGCCCCCCGCUCUGCCGCCAGCCGCCCUCCCGGGACGGGGCUGGCCGCGGGAUGGGGGCGCGGGGGAUCCCCGCUCUAA